GCUGGGACGCCUUAGCCCCCCUCCCUCUGACCUCCCCCCCGCCCCCCGGGCUAGGGGCAUCUCCCAAGAUGGCAGCUUCUGCUCCGAAGGGUGGGGGCGGCUCCCCCGGCGGUUCUCUCAGCUACUGCCUGGCCCAGUUGCAGAAGGGGACGGAGCCGGGCCUCGGCCGGGCCCUGCUGGCCCUCAGGACGCAGCACAUCAAGGAGGCCGGGGGCAUCGCUCGCUUCAGGAGCCGCGGGGGGCUGGCGCCCCUCCUGGGGGUCCUGGCCAGCGCCCCCCGCCCGCGGCGCACCCUCGACCUGGCCCUCAGCAUCCUGGGCAACUGCUGCACCGAGGGGGGCAGCCGCACCCAGGUGCGCGAGCUUGGGGGGAUCCCGCCCCUCGUUACCGUCCUGAAAUCGCUCGCUGUGGAAAGUAUCCAGAACCGGACAGCUCGGGCUCUCGGCAACUUGGCUGUAGACACAGAGAACUGCCAGGCCAUCCAUGAAGCAGGAGCUGCUCCCUUGCUGGUCCAGAUCCUCACCACCUCCCAGGACAGCGAGUGUUUGCAGAGCGUGAUGCGAGCGGUGCGGUACCUGGCUGACUCGCCUGCUCAUCGCCUGGCCUUGGCCCAGCAGGGGGCAGUGCGCCCCAUUGCCGAGCGCUUGACUUCCUCCCUGGAUGACAUCGCCCUGGUUGCCGCAGCCGUGCGGGCCCUGCUUGAGCUAACGAAGGGCUGCAACCGUGACUGUGCCGAGCAGCUCAGCCUGGGGGGUGGGGUGGCACCCCUGGUGACCUUGGCGAGCCACGACAAGCAAACAGUGCGGGAGUCUGCCCUCGCAGCCCUCGCCAACCUUUGCCUUCAGGGUGUGCUGCGUCCGGCCGUGGGCAACGCCGGUGGGGUGGAAGUGCUGGUGGGGGAGAUCCAGAGACGGAAAAGCGCUGGUGCUCCAGGAGUUUCCCUCCAUGCGCUGGUGAGAGCUCUCUGCUUGCUGUGCCGGGAGGCGGUCAACAGAAGCCGGAUACGUGAGGCGGGGGGGCUGGAGCUGCUGCUCUCCCUGUUGCGGGAUCGAGGCUAUAGUUCCUUCCACGCCCGUGUGGUGGUGGCUUUUGUGGCUUUCCUCUACGAUGAAGAGGCCUUGGAGAUCCUGCAGGCCAGAGGGCUGGUGCCUUUACUGGUGGGGAGGCUGACAGCUCAUGGCCAGUGGAGUAGCCAGGAACAAGAGGAGGCUGAAGAACGGGAAGACGAGAGAGAUGCUGCGUCUUCCGACUUCCCUGCAGAGGGGCGCCGUGGGGAGCAGGCCAUGCCUGGAGCAGAGUCUUCCAGCUUCCAGAGUCUCAGGUCCUGGCUCCUCUCCGAAGGCUAUAUUGCUAGUCCCGGUGACCUUUCCCCACAGUGGUCCCCUGACACCACCCUUUCUGAACUGGAUGCCCAAGUAUGCAUCAGCCCCAAUCAGGAACUGCAAGAUGAGCCCCUGGGGUCUUGCCAAGCCCCAUCGGAAGUCCAAACCCAGUCCAGGGCAGAAUCCCCCGAUUUCUUAAAUUGUCCGUUGUUGGAUGUCACGCUUGAAGAACAGCCAGGCUGUUCUGAGCCAGUAAACCUGGCAGAAGAAGGUGGCACGCAUUCGGAAGAGAGUCUUUGCCCGGCUGCCUUGCCUGUCUCAGAAGAAAAUGGAAGUCUCUGUUCAGCACAGUCACCUUUCCUAGAGACCAUGGAUCCAUCGGGGGUCAAGGAGCACGAAGCAGUUGGGACUGAUCAGCGGCAGAAGGGUCCGGCGACAGUAUUGCCGGAGGCAAGCUCAGCAGAAGCUCCUAGAAAAACAGAAUGGUCAACUCGGCUUGUGCUGGCAACAGAUGAGAAUGAGCCAGGGCCUGGGAGCCUGCACACAGCUGUAUCUCUUCCAAGCAAGGGUGGCCAAAACCAGCCGUCACCCAGGUGUGGUACCAAAUUGCUGAACACAGGAGAGGCAUGUCUGGCACCCAAAAAGCUGACCCUUCAGAAUUCCCCAGGUUCUCCUGAGGAAUCCAGGCCACCUACCUUCUGCUGGAAGCGGCGUGCCAAGUUUCGGUUAGCAUCCGAGCAAGCUGCGCCUCCUCAAACCUCACGCCCCACUGGAGAGACCUCAUCUCAGCUGCUCUCCUUGGCCUUGCCGCUCUCUUUCUCUCCACACGGGGGCGACAGAGAGCUGCAUGCCCCUGAAGCCCCGGCCCUGCUGCUGCUCUCGAGGUUUUCUCAAGCUGAGGAUCCCAGUCGCACCUUGGUGACACCGACCACAUUGCGUGGUCUGCUCCGCUAUAUCACGGGGAGCCCCUCCCCCUCAUCCCGCUGCCUUCGGCUGCUGCAUCGUCUCACCUGCAACCCCGCCUGUCUGGAGGCCUUUGUCCGUUCCUUCGGGGCCUCGCUCAUCCGUGCCUGGCUAGUGCUGGGUGUGUCCCCAGAGGAAGCUGCUAGUGCUACUGAGCAGAAAGAGAUGGAGCCAAGGAAUCCUGAUGUUGGACACCGCAACACUGGGAAAUUCAAGGAACUGGGUGAGACGCUGCUGAUGAACUUGCGCGUACAAGCGGAGUCCCCUUUUGGCGUGGGGGUCCUCAACCACAUGCUGCUGUCGGGCCCCGAGUCAGACCAGGUGGCCUGUGCGCUUGCCCUGCCCCUCAUCUGCAGGAAGGAUUCCCUUUGCCGGAAGCUUCUCCUGGACCACUCUGGCCUGCGUCUCCUGCUGGGCGCCCUGGUGCGAGGCCCUGACCCCCACUUCAUCUUCUAUGCCUCCGAUUCACUCUCCUUCCUCCUGGGCUCUCAAGCUCCACCUGCUGCUGGGGUCUCUGCUCCUGCCUUAAAGCGGCCCCGCCUGGACCCCCUCCUGCCCUGUUCUUACCUCCACUUGGUGGAUGAAGGCAGGGCUGACCUGCACUUCCAGCUUGACGACGGCGCCUCAGUGCCCGCCUCGCGUCAGGCGGUAAGCGCAGCCUCCGAGGUCUUCCGUGCCAUGCUGGGUGGAGGGUUUGCUGAGUCAAGCCGUGCUGCUGUGGCGCUCCAUGGUCUGUCGCCUGAGCCCUUCCUGGCCCUUGCACACUUCCUUCACGGCUGCCGGGGGAAGCCUUGCCCGGUGCUGGGUGUGCCGUUCUCCCUCGCUUUGGCAGAAGAAAUUUUCACGGUUGCUGAACAAUACCUCCUCCCCGAGCUCCAGUCUCUGGUUGAUGAUGCCAUGUGCCAGGACUACUUACACCCUGGGACUAUUGGAGAGGUGUACUGCUUGGCUGAGCGGCAGAACCGGCCCUGCCUGCUCCAGCGAUGUGCCUCCUACGCUCUCUGGGAGUUGGCAGAACCCACCCAGCAAGCCGCUGUGUUGGCUGAACUAGUCGGAUCCACUGGACAUCCCAGUGAGUUGGCUGAGGAGCUCCUGAGGGCAGUCCUGGCAUCUCCGUGGGGAUCUGGUUGUGAAGGGCAGCUAGGAUGAAAGCCUGUGCACUUGCCUCCUUGCUCUCCAAUCUCACACACACAUGACCAAAGUAUUAGUGUUGUAGUGGAACACACCAAUGCACGUGCAUCAGGAAUGCAAAGAAUAAACGGGAUGUUCUUCCAAGAAGGGUGGUCCAGUGGCCAGUCCCACAGUGGUAUGAGGUUCGACACUCCUGAGUGGACAGUCUUGGGGGAUGGAGUGGCAAUGAGUCCCACAGCAAAGUGGGUUGUGUAUAUGAGGUGGGGGGGUGGUGGAGGCAACUGCACUGGGAAAAGCAAAGAACAGGGAUAUGGGCUGUUGGAAAGAUGGUGCUAACCCUGCCAGCUUGUAAAGUUGGCAGAAGAAAGCUUUAAAAGAAGAGUUGGAGAAAUUUGCAAAGGAAUUGUGGCUGGAAAUCCUGGUCAACCGCAACAUUGUCUCCCUUCCCCUUUUAUUUGCAGAGAAGUUCCCUUCCAGUAAUGGGAGGAGCACGCUGGCAUUCUCUUAAGUGGUUCUGGGUGUGGCAGCAAUGGAAAGUGGGUGGUGGGUCCCUUCCUGGUAGGGGGGAACUCAAGGGAAGGGGCUCCAGAUUGCACACCCAAGUAUUCAGAUGGCUACCACACCACGAGGAGGCGGCUCUGCAGAAAUUCCUCCUCCACUGUGCGAGAGGAUGUCUUUGCAGUGGAGGUAUUGGAGGGGCAUUAAUAAGUAACGAAAGGAGCCUGAAAGAAGAGGAGGAAGAUCCUGCAGAAUGCGCCACUUUGACUUGCUCCUUCUGGGAUCCAUAAGAAGAGAAGGCGCGCGCGCGUGUGUGUGUCGGGGGGUGCUUUGUAAAUCGGGAGGCUAAUUGGAGGGGUCUGGCUCAGUCGUGCAGGUAGAAUUCUGUUGCAUCUAAGCUAUUGUACAUAGAGAAAUAUAGAUUCAGA